AUGAUCAUGUCACGCUACCUAAAGUACUUCAUGUCAGCACCCAUAGCCAACACCGGCUCAGUAGCACGCGAUCAUCUCGCAAACGAAAGAACGUUUCUCUCCUGGACGCGAACUGGUCUCGGAUUCGUCGCCCUUGGUGUCGCACUGGCGAAGCUCGACGCUCUAGAAGCCCUCUCUCCAUCUCUAAAGCCUGAUCACGGCGACUUGAAGAUUCCGUCUGCGGCUCUGGUCGGAUCAGGGACAGGGUGUCUGUCGUACGGAACGAUCAGGUACUACCGGUCGCUGAAGUUGUUGCAGAAGGGGCUCUUCAGGCCAAAUAUCGCCGGGAUUGGUCUGGUUGCACUGACUAGUGGUGCAGUCGCCGGAGGAGGCAUCUACUUGGUGAUUCAGCAGGAGACGAAGAGGAGGUGA